AUGCUUCUCAUCAGACCGCUCAGGAAUAUCCACAGGGACUGUCGCGCCAUCCCACCAGCACUCGCCAACUUCCACCUCGGCACCAUCUCGCCAUUCUCCUCCACCUCGAAAAGCCGUCAACCAGCACAUGAAGUCAAACAUCUUACCGUCAUCGGUGCGGGGCUCAUGGGAAGUGGGAUCGCCCAAGUAGCAGCCCAGGCCGGGAUAGCGGUGACAGUACAUGGGAUGAACGAAGAGAUCUGCAAACAAUCUAACUCGAUCAUCAACCAGUCCUUAAAACGAAUUGCAAAGAAGAAGUUCCCAGAAGAUCAAGCCAAGCAAGCAACCGCAUUCAUCGAGGCGGUCAACAAGAACUUGAAGUUUGCAACCGAGCUCAAGAACGCAGUCGAUCAUCAAAAGACCGACUUGAUCAUCGAAGCCAUCGUCGAAAAGAUACAGAUCAAACAGGAAUUGUUCAAGGCACUCGAUCAUCUCAUCGAGAACCCAAACACGAUCUUCACCAGUAACACCUCAUCCCUCAAGAUCGCCGAUAUCAGUCAGGCAGUCUCAGCCCACCGAAAGAAACAAUUUGCUGGCUUGCAUUUCUUCAAUCCGGUUCCUCAAAUGAAAUUGGUCGAAGUGAUUAAAACCGAUCAAACUUCAGACGAAACUGCUCAGCGAUUGAUUAACUUUGCCAACCAACUCGGCAAAAGUCCAGUCACAUGCACUGAUACCCCAGGAUUCAUCGUCAAUAGGUUAUUGGUGCCUUAUCUGUUAGAAGCGAUGAGGAUGCUCGAGCGGGGGGAAGCGACGAAAGAAGAUAUCGACACAGCAAUGAAGCUGGGGGCAGGUCAUCCGAUGGGACCGAUUGAGCUCUCAGACUACGUCGGCCUGGAUACGAUGAAGUUCAUCUCCGAUGGCUGGAGAGAGAGCAGGGUCCAGUCAGGCGAAAUCGACAAGGCCUUGGUUGAACCCGUCAAAGCCCUCGAUCAACUCGUCAGGGAUGGAAAGCUUGGUCGCAAGACCAAUGAGGGCUUCCUCAAAUACUGA